UUGUCAGUGUCAACAGCCUGCAUGGCCUGCACUCCAGGAACACAAUUUGGAUUCUCCUGCUUACUGCAGCUGAGAGCAUCCUGAAAAAUGUCGAAGCCAUUUCGCAUCUUUGGGCUAAUGAUGAUGGUCUACCCAGAAUCUCAGGGUUUGCAAGGUGAUGAUGACAAUGAUGGUGGUGAUGAUGACAGCAAAGAAUCAGGGAACUCCUGUCAUUCUGAUGUUCCUUCACCCUUGUGCAAGAGCAGCGACAGCACAGAUGAAAAUAAGACAGAGGAUCUGGGAGAACCGACAUUUUUCGUAACUCCUGGGGACGCUUACAUGGUGAAAGAUAAACAGGUGGGGUUGGCCAAGCAUGCAGUGGAGCUUGAGAAGGAAGAUCAGGAGCUUCAGGAGCCAUUUUACAAAGACAUGGGAAUAUCUGGCAGAUUGGAUGGAGAUGAGGAGCCCAGCCCAACCUACCACCUUCCUGGGCAUCAGAGGUUGCCUGCCCCCCAAAAGGCCGGUACAGCACCAAGUGGCUUCCAUGACUCUUUCCAGCACAGCUCAGGCCAGCACUUGGGGACAGAGGCCGCUGCCACACAGGCCCAUGCCAUUGACCAUUUUGUGGGACACCCAGAGAGCACCACGGGAGCGGAGCCCCACGUGCUGCACGGGGAGGACGGCGAGGACAGACAGUCCCUGUCCCUGCAGCCAACCUACGACUUGCUGUGGCAGGAGAACAGCAUGCUCAGGUCGGAGAACGAAAUGUUCAGGAGCGCCAACAUCAUGCUCGCAGCGGAGAACUUCACACUCAGGCAGGCGUUCAAAGAGCUCACGAAGGACAGGGCUGUGUUCAUGGCCGAGGACGUGGUGCUCAGGGAGGAAUACGACGUGCUCAGGGAGCAGUAUGACAGGCUCGGGGGCGAGAAUGAUGCACUCAGGAAGGACAAUGUCAUGGUCAGGAGAAUGUUCCAGACCUUCCAGAACAACUUGAAGAGACAGGUGUGCAUGGUGGCGAGCCUGCAGGAUCAGCUGAAGGCCAGCCAGGCUGAGCGGGAGAGGGAAGUCCAAGAGCUCCAAUCCUUAGUCCAGGAGACUGAAUGUCAUCUUCAGAUAAUGACCCAGCGGGCUCUGAAUGCCGAAACAAACAUGGAGAGGCUGAAGCAGAAGAUCUUUAUUCUCCAAGGACAGCUGGAGAGAUGCAAGCUGGGGAAUGAAAACCUGAGAACAGACUGGUCUAGAAGCAGUGAAACAGAACUUAUACUUCACCAGGCAAAACCCCCACGAGCUCAUAAUGGGCAAAGAUGCCUCCCUCAGGUAGUUCCUGCCUCAGAAAUGCUGCCCAUUGUUACUGAGGUCCUCGAAUCCACCAGAAAAAUUCUCAAAUUUUAAGCAGAGAAAGAUCUAUGAGUGUAGUUCUGUGUGAGUUCCAUGGAUCCAUGCACGGUCCGAGGCCAUCGUUCUCCCACUUGUAACCAUUUACUGCAAAUAAAAGCAUUUACUUUGCCACUCUCAAAUGUGUGUGCUCAGACUGGUAGCCUUCAUCCUUUACGGAAAUACUUUCCUUGUCGUUAGGUACCAAUUGCAGGUACUGGUGUGACUUUAGCUGCUGAUACUCUGUUCGGG